AUGCAAAUCAGUCACAAGGGACAUCUUCAUUUACAUUCGAGGUCGGAGCUUAAUGUUUUUGUUUCGAAAGUUCAACGUUUGGAAGAUACGCACGUACGUUACCUUAGCACACUGUCCGGAAAUGAAAUUGAAGCAGAAUUCGAUGUUAUUGAAGAUUAUCGUGACAAGGCCGUUAGAAUCGAAACUAAAGUGAAAGAUAUUCUUCAGAAUCUACAAAAUGUAAGUACUUCAAAUUUUAUUUUGAAUGAAUCUGUUAAUGAGAAUGUAUGUAAACGUACAUUUAAACUUCCAAAGCUUGAAUUACGAAAAUUUGAUGGUGAAAUUAAGGAAUGGUUAUUUUUUUGGAGUCAGUUUGAAAAAAUUGACAAAGAUACUACGAUUUAUGAUAGUGAUAAAUUUCAAUAUUUAUUACAAGCGACUGUUGAGGGUUCGCGUGCAAGGAAGGUUAUAGAAAGUUUUCCCCCUACAUCUGCUAAUUAUCCCAAGGCCAUAGAAUGUUUGAAGGCUCGUUUUGGUCGAAAUGACUUGCAAGUGGAAGUUUAUGUGAGAGAAUUGUUGAAAUUGGUCCUGAGAAAUGCAAAUUCUAGUAAUUCUUGUAAUAACCUAUGUGCAUUAUACGAUAAUUUGGAACAACAAAUUCAGGCUCUGGAAACCCUUGGCGUCACUACAGAUAAAAGUGCUGCAUUGCUUUAUCCUUUAGUUGAAUCUUGCUUGCCUGAGGAUUUUUAA